AUGAAGCCCCAGUGGGUAGUGCACGAAGAGGAGCGUGUAGCAGCACUGGCGUGGAAAGAUGAUGGCGGAGACAUCAAAGCUGAUGAGCUUCGCCAACAUCCCGAAGAAAAGUCGAAGAUGACUUUUGCCGAUUUCAAGGAGAAGUUCAGCGAAAAGCUGAAGCCAGAGGAACUGGAGCCCUUCUGGCGUGAGAAGAUGCGACCCGAGUGGGUGGACACAGCUCUUGCACGGCCGCUCACAGACCUCACCCAGGUCAAGGCUCCCAUCCCAGAUGCGGCCACCUGGAAGGAUGAUGGAAGUGCCAUCAAGGCGGACGAGAAAAGGCUGCCGCCAGAAAGCUCGCAGCCCUGCACGUUCGAGGAGCUGAAGGCCAAGCAACCUGACUCCGCUGCCGAGGAGCUGGAGAAGCUCUGGCGCGAGCAGAUGAGGCCAGAGUGGGUGGUCCAAGAACUGCAGUACAUCAAGGCCGAAGAGUGGAAGGAUGAGGGUGAGGAUGUCAACGCAGAAGAGCUGCGCCAGCAUCCAGCAGAUGACGAGUACUACACCUUUGAGCAGCUCAAGGUGAAGGUUGGAGGCGAAGGCGUAACGCUGAACGAGGCUCAACUUGGCCAUGCCCGAAAGUUUUGGAGGGAGAAGAUGAAGCCCAAGUGGGUGGUGGAAGCCUUGAAGGUCGGCCCAGGCCCUCACCUGCUGGCGCGAAGGAAGGAGGCGUCGGCUCGGAAGAGCUCCACCUCCCCGGCAAAGUCAAAGUCCAAGGCCACGUGGAAGGACGAUGGCGGCCCCAUCCGGCAAGAUGAGACGCGCAGACAUCCUGAGCUGAAACAGUAUUUCAGCUUUUCGGAGCUGACCAAGCGCUUUCAGGACCAGAUGAAGGCGGACGAGAUCGAAUCCUUCUGGAGGGAGAAGAUGAAGCCACGCUGGGUGGUGAACGAGGAGGAAGGUGCCAAAGAUCGCCGACCUCAGAGAAGCCGAAGGAGUCCUAGCAGACGGCGGCGAAGUCCCAGCCGCCGUCGGAGGAGUCCUAGCCGGAGACGCCGCAGCCCGCGGCGAAGUCCCCGGCGAAGUCCCCGGCGCAGCCCACGUCGCAGCCCACGGCGUAGCCCCCGGCGCAGCCCCCGCCGGCGAAGCCGAAGCAACCGGCGGAAAAGCCGAAGCCGGAGCCGAAGCUUCGACAGGAUUCCCCGCAACGACCGCCUCCGUCAAGAGUACAGCGGAAAGCGUGCCGACACCGAGCAGGCCGACAAGGCGGCGGACAAGCCUACGGAGGGUCCAGCGAUGGGCGGCCCCCUGAAGCUCAUCGGUGAUCAGGACACAAGCCUUCUUGGCACUGUAGCCAGGUCGCAGCCCGUUUGUUUUGUUUUACCUGACCCGUCUAUGAUCCUAAAAGAUGCAACGAGGUGGGACUACAUCCUGAAGGAUGAAAGUCGCAGGUGUUUUGCCGGCCGCCUCAGCCACCAGCUCUCCGAGGUCAUGGUGCUCAGAUCUUAUUCCGCCCUGGCGGUCAAAGGCGACCCAGAUGCGGAGGCUUUGGGUCCCGGCGUGCGCUGCGCCACGUGUGCAGGGCCGGCGCACCAGGAUGUGAUGAGCGCUUGGAAGGGCAGGUGUAUCUCGGCAGCAGUCGUCUUCAGCCUCGCGACGUGCCUGGCUGUGGCAGUUGUAGCACCGAUGAGGCCGGUCAAGGACCGCCAAUCACCUCCGGGGCUGACAGGCUUAGCGCUUGAGGAGGAACUUCCAGCACCAGGAGAGUGUGUCGAGUGCCUGUCGAGUGGAAGGCCAUCUGUGUGCAGCGGGGCAGGCGUGCAGCGGCGAUUGACCGGUGACGGUGCUCCGCGGCUGGAAGAUGCCAUGGAGGAGCGCAUGUUGCAAGGCUCGCCGCAACAAGAUGCAAAAGCGCUGGAGAGCUGGCUUGAUCGAGGAAACGUGAAAGAGCUGAAGACCUGGUUGCAACGAGGACGGAAGACUGGUCUGCAAGGACCGGAGGUCUUGGAGACCGCAAAAGAGCUGCAGGCAUUUCUGUCCGGCCAUCCUGUGAAAGGCCAGUGCCCAAACCGCUCGCCCGUGCUGUCGGCGUCAAUGACGGUCACGCUUCAGCAGCAAGAGUUGCCUUCGGAGCUCUUCCUGCCCCUGCUUCUCAGGGUGGCCAAAGAUAGCUUUGGGCGCUUGAUGAGGACGACACCGGAGACGGUGAUGGUGAACAUUGGCGCAGAUGGGACCGAGGAAGAAUUACUGUCCCUGCAGGAAGCUGUGGGAUUGGGCGCAGGCAAGAAGUUUCAGAUCAUCGCGGAGGUGACGGACCCCUCCAUGGACGCCAUGGUUGCUGCGUCAGGAAAAGACUUCCCGAAAGAGUUCCACACGCAGGUUUCCGGUGCAAUGAUGCGGCAAGGCGCAGCCGAAGGUGUUGGCGACUUCCAUACCUGGGCUGACUUCGCGAUGCCGCAGAUGCAGGAGAAGAACAGCUACAUGAUUCAGGGCAAGUUCAAGUCUCUCGGACUCAGCACGGCCUGCCAGAGCAAGGGCCAAGUUGCCGUGGAGGACAUAGCAGUGCAUUCGCUUCGGCACUGCUCGGCAUCGUGUGCACUGGACUCAGGAUGCCACGGCUUCCAAUUUUACCACAACACGCAAGCCUGCCACCUGUGGAAAGGGAAGAUCUGCCACGGCCAGGAGUUCUGGGACAAGUCGAAGAGGUCCGAAUGUUUUGUGAAAUGCGGUUGA